GUAAAAAGCCGAGCAAUAAUAAAAAGCAUGUGGGUCACCUAAUCACGCCGUGUCUUUCGUAAUUCUCGUCAGAAGGGGCGGCUGAUGGCUUUAUUUUGCUUUACUUUUUGACUUUGGAUGACAAGCUCAUUGAUUUGUUUUUGCUUUUUUUCAUCAAAGAGGGAACCUUUCAGUUUACAAUUACCAAAAGCAAUUCAUCUUCAGUUCUCUUCUACUUUCCUUUCCUUAACUCGCAAAGAUGGCUGAAGCUUUCGUUAGUGCUGUUGUGGGAGAAGUGGCGUCAAAAGCGGCGUCAGUUGCGGUUGAGAUGAUAAGCCUUGGAUGGGGCUUCAAGGAUGAGAUGCAGACGCUUGGUAACUCACUAGAAAUGAUUGGAACUUUCUUGCAAGAUGCAGAGGGAAACCAAAAGCAAAUGAACUCAGUGAAGCUUUGGUUGAAGAGGCUCAGAGAUGUUGCUUAUGAGGCUGAUGAGGUCCUGGAUGAGAUUGCUUAUGAGUUUCUCAGAAGGAAAGUGGAGAUUGGGAAUCGGAUAUGGAGAAAGCUACGAGACACUCCAUCUACUGUCACAUUUCAGCACAACAUGGCUAAUAAAGUUAAGGACAUCCUUAAUUCCUUGGAUGACCUUAACAAAAUAGCCAAAGAUUAUGGUCUCCAACAGUUAGCCAUAGAUCAAAGAAUUUUUAUUCCAUCAAAUGUGGAGACAGUCUCCUUCCUGGAUGACUCAAACAUUGUUGGAAGGAAAAAUGAUGUCUCAAAAGUUGUUGACAUGUUAGUCAGUCCCCAAGAUGAUCGAACUGUCUCUGUUGUGCCUAUAGUUGGAAUGGCGGGUAUCGGAAAAACUACUUUAGCAAGGCUAGUUUACCAUGAUGUGGAUGUGGAAAGGCGUUUUGAUGUAAGAUUUUGGGUGUGUGUCUCGGAUGAUUUCAAUGUGAAAAGAAUUUUAAGAGAAAUGCUGGAGCAUGAUAUGAAUUAUCAGCAGACCUCGAUACCUCAAAACUUGAAUGCUUUAACAGCGAAACUGAAGGGGAAGAUUGAGCAGGCCAAAAGGGGAAAUGAACAGAUCAAAUAUCUUCUUGUACUUGAUGAUGUGUGGAAUGUUGAACAAUGGGAUGAACUAAUGUGGUGUUUGGAAGGGGUUAAUAAGAAUCGGGGGAAUAAAGUUAUUGUAACAACCCGCAUUGAAGAUGUGGCAUUAAAAGUGGAAACACUUCCUAAUCAAAGGCAUCAGCCUCGAAAAUUAAAAGAUGAGGAGUGCUGGUCCAUAAUUAAAGAAAAAGCAUGUGGAGACUCCCCAAUAUCUCCAAGCUUAGUGUUAAUUGGCGAGGAAAUUGCUAAACAAUGUCACGGUGUGCCUUUAGCAGCAAAAGUUAUUGGAGGGACAAUGCGCAGAAUUGAAAGGAGUCGGGCUGCAUGGUUGAAAAUUCAAAAAAGUGAUGUAUGGGAUUCGGUUUAUAGUGUGCUGAGGUUAAGUUUCGAUCACUUGUCUUCUCCAUGUUUGAAAAAGUGUUUUGCAUACUGCGCCAUGUUUCCUAAAGAUUUUUGCUUUAGAAAGGAGCAAUUAAUCCAACUCUGGAUGGCUGAAGGAUUUCUUGGCGGUUCUAAAGAAAUGAUGGAUACUGGGAACAAAUAUUUCCAUGAAUUGUUAUCAAAUUCCUUACUUCAAGAUGUGGGGAAGGACAGAUGCGGAAAUAUUUUGACGUGCAAGAUGCAUGACUUGGUGCAUGACCUGGCUUUGUCUGUCUCAAAAUUUGAGACUUUGAUUUUCCAAGAAAAUUCCAGUUCCGGCACAGAUGAAGUUUCUCAUAUUCGGCAUCUCAGUAUUGGUUAUGAUGGGGAAUCCUUACCAAUAAUUUUAACAGCUAUUGCUCCAAAAUUGCACUCUUUGUUCUCAGAGAUUGAUGUGUUCAAGAAAUUGUCAAGAACCUUCACAAGCUUACGAGUCCUAAAAUUUUCCGGUGCUGAUAUUCUUGAGUUGCCUGCUUCCCUCGGCGAAUUGAAGCACUUGAGGUAUAUGGACAUCUCGAAGACUUCUAUCAAAGUGCUGCCUCAAUCCAUAACCAAACUUUACAUGUUACAAACAUUAAGGUUCAUGGGUAGUAAGGAGCUCGCAAUUCCAGAUGGAUUGAGAAAUUUGAUAAGCUUGAAGCACAUCCAUUUUGACCAGCGAAGUUCUCAACCAAUUGAGCUUCGACACCUAAUUUCUCUCCAAACAUUGCCAAUGUUUUUUGUUAGGGAUAACGAACUUCAUCUUGAUGCUCUAGGAUGCCUCAACGAACUUGGUGGCCAAUUGAAGAUAUGCAAUCUUCAAAGUGUUAGAGACAAGGAAGAGGCUCGCAAAGCAAAUUUACGGCUUAAAACAAAAUUGACCAAGGUAAUAUUUGAAUGGACAAAUUUUAGCAAUGAUACCAGUGAGGAAGUGCUGGAAGGUCUCCAACCCCACUCAGGUUUGCAAAGCUUAAUUAUUUGGAAUUAUGGAGGAGAAAAGCUCCCAUCUUGGAUGUCAAGACCUGUUCAUGGUUCUAAUAUUGGUUCACUGAUUCUUGACAAUUUGAUGGAGUUGGUAUUAGACAAUUGCAUCAAUUGUAAGAGUCUUCCACCAUUGGGCCAACUGAACAGCCUCAAAUUUCUUGCACUGAGGAAUAUGGAUAAGGUGAAAUGCAUCGGUAAUGAGUUUUAUUGCGAUGGAAGUAAUCAAGGUCAGAAGGAGGUGUUUCCUGCAUUAAAAACAUUCAUCCUACGGCGACUGCUAAAUCUGAAAGAAUGGACAGCAACGACAGCAGCAAUCAUGUUUCCUUGCUUAGAAGAGUUGUUUGUUUCUAACUGCCCCUUAUUGAAAAGUGUUCCCCUGACGGGACGAUGUUUAUCUCUUAAAAAGUUCUGUAUUGAGGAUUGUUCACGAUUAAGCAGUAUAGGGGAUGGACUAGCUACUUCCACGGUUCUUGAGGAGCUAACUAUAGUAAAGUGUCGAGGUUUGUUCUCAAUUCCAAAUUUAAAUGGGUUUUCCGCUCUUCAAAGUGUCUAUGUUUCUGAUUGCGGAAUCUUGGAAAUUGUUCCAAUAGCGGGAAUAUGUCCAUCUCUUAAAGAAUUUUGCAUUUCUAAGUGCAAUAGAUUAAGCAAGAUUGGAGAGGGGUUGUCUACCUCCAUUUGUCUUAAAGAAUUAAAGCUAAGUGGUUGUGCUAAAUUAAGUUUCAUUCCAGAUUUGGAAGAAUUUUCCUCUCUCCGAAUUUUAGAUAUAUCAGACUGCCACGAACUGGAAACUAUUCCGAUAAGAGAAAGAUGUUCAUCUCUUGAAAAGCUUCACGUUUCCUCGUGUCCAAAAUUAAGCAAGAUAGGAGACUGGUUGUCUACCUCCACUAGUCUUGAAGCAUUAAAGCUAAGUGAUUGUGCUAAGUUAAGUUCCAUUCCAGAUUUGGAAGGAUUUUCCUCUCUCCGAAUUUUAGAUAUAUCAGACUGCAACGAACUGGAAACUGUUCCGAUAAGAGGAAGAUGUUCAUCUCUUCAAAAGCUUCGCAUUUCCUCGUGUCCAAAAUUAAGCAAGAUUGGAGACUGGUUGUCUACCUCCACUAGUCUUGAAGAAUUAAAGCUAAAUGAUUGUGCUGAUUUAAGUUCCAUUCCAGAUUUGGAAGGAUUUUCCUCUCUCCGAAUUUUAGAUAUAUUAGGCUGUCACGAACUGGAAACCAUUCCGAUAAGAGGAAGAUGUUUAUCUCUUGAAAAGCUUCACGUUUCCUCGUGUCCAAAAUUAAGCAAGAUAGGAGACUGGUUGUCUACCUCCACUAGUCUUGAAGAAUUAAAGCUAAGUGAUUGUGCUAAUUUAAGUUCCAUUUCAGAUUUGGAAGGAUUUUCCUCUCUCCGAAUUUUAGAUAUAUUAGACUGCCACGAACUGGAAACCAUUCCGAUAAGAGAAAGAUGUUCAUCUCUUGAAAAGCUUCACGUUUCCUCGUGUCCAAAAUUAAGCAAGAUAGGAGACUGGUUGUCUACCUCCACUAGUCUUGAAGAAUUAAAGCUAAGUGGUUGUGCUAAUUUAAGUUCCAUUCCAGAUUUGGAAGGAUUUUCCUCUCUCCGAGUUUUAGAUAUAUCAGACUGCCACGAACUGGAAACUGUUCCGAUAAGAGGAAGAUGUUUAUCUCUUGAAAAGCUUCACAUUUCCUCCUGUCAAAAUAUCAUCAAGAUAGAAGACUGGUUGCCUACCGCCACUUGUCUUGAAGAAUUGAAGUUAAACAAUUGUCCUAAUUUGAGUUCCAUUCUAGAUUUGGAAGGAUUUUCCUCUCUUCGAAUUUUAGAUAUAGCAGACUGCCACGAACUGGAAAUUGACUGGUUGUUUACCUCCACGAAUCUUGAAGAAUUAAAGUUAAGCAAUUGUCCUAAUUUAAGUUCCAUUCCAAAUUUGGAAGGACUUUCCUCUCUUCGAAUUUUAAAUAUAUCAGACUGCCAAGAACUGGAAACUGUUCCGAUUAGAGGAAGAUGUUCAUCUCUUGAAAAGCUUCACGUUUCCUCGUGUCCAAAAUUAAGCAAGAUAGGAGACUGGUUGUCUACCUCCACUUGUCUUAAAGAAUUGAAGUUAAGCAAUUGUCCUGAUUUAAGUUCCAUUCCAAAAUUGCGAGGACUUUCCUCUCUUCGAAGUUUAGAUAUAUCAGACUGCCAAGAACUGGAAACCGUUCCGAUAAGAGGAAUAUGUUCAUCUCUUGAAAAGCUUCACGUUUCCUCGUGUCCAAAAUUAAGCAAGAUAGGAGACUGGUUGUCUACCUCCACUUGUUUUAAAGAAUUGAAGUUAAGCAAUUGUCCUAAUUUACGUUUCAUUCCAGAUUUGAAAGGAGUUUCCUCUCUUCGAAUUUUAUAUAUAUCAGACUGCCACAAACUGGAAACUGUUCCGAUAAGAGGAAGAUGUGUAUCUCUUGAGAAGCUUCUCAUUUCCCGGUGUCCUAAAUUAAGCAAUAUAGGAGACGGGUUGUCUACCGCCACUUGCCUCAAGGAGUUAAAGCUAUCCCAUUGUGGUAACUUAAAUUCCAUUCCAGUUUUAAAAGGAUUUUCCUCUCUUCAUAAUUUAAUUAUAUCAAACUGCAACAAUCUGGAAAUUGUUCGAAUAACAGAAAGGAACUCAUCUCUCGAACUGCUUGAAAUUAAUGCAUGUGAAAAUUUAAGCCAAAUAGGAGAUGAACUGAUUACCUUCACUCGUCUCAGAAAUUUGAGGAUAGUGAACUGCCCGAAUUUGAGGCCCAUUCCAAGAAUACAUAAUGGUUCUCUCGAUUCUCUCUUCGAAUUAGACUUCACUGGUGUAGGCGAAGGCUUAAUUCGUCUGUUACCAGAUUUGCUGCAAUCCAACGCUUGUCUUCUCAAGCUGACACUAUCUGAUUUGCCUGAUCUAAGAUCGAUUCCAGAAAGUAUGGUGGCCAAGUUUUAUGUUCUUUUAACAAUCAAAAAGUGUCCAACAUUGAGGAGCAUUCCAAAUGACCUCCUUGGCAGCCUUAAUUUCUUGAAAAGGUUAGAUAUUGGUGGUUUCUCAGAAGAGCUAGAACAAUUCCCAGGUUUUGAUUCCAUCCAACACCUCAGUGCCUCCCUUAAAGAGUUGCGAUUGCUUGGAUGGGAAAAGCUAAGUUCUCUUCCUUACCAACUCCGACACCUCACUGCCCUUGAAGAACUGGAGAUACAGAGGUUUCACGGCAUAGAAGCCUUGCCUGAUUGGUUGGGAAACCUCUCCUCUGUAAAGUGUCUGAGAAUCGUUUCAUGUGAUAGGCUCAUGUAUCUGCCUUCUGAACAUGUUAUGCGAAGCCUCUCCAAAUUAACAACAUUUAUAAUUUCAGCGUGUCCUCGAUUAGAGGCAAGAUGUUCCAAGGAAAGCGGCCCUGAGUGGUCCAAGAUCUCCCACAUUAGUAGAAUCUCAAUUAUGUGCAAGCGACCAUUACAGGAUUUGGAUGGAUAUGAAUGAUUCAUAGACUUAUCGUCUCAGAAGUAAAUAUAUAGAUAGAAAAGAUUCUCUAAUUAGUUUGUACAGCUCAAAGACUCAUCAGUCAUAGAGAGAACGUAGAAACUAAAUUUAUCCAUCGAAAAGCAAAGUAUCUCCCUGCAGAGAAGUGGUGUUACUUUAAAAUCAUAGAGGAAGUCUCUUGCAUGAAUCUUCAAUAUGAGAGAUCCAGGCAUGCUUCAGAUAGAUGAGCUAGUGAGCUAAAAGGCCUCAGCCAAGACCGGAGAGGCCCAGCACCACACAUGGGGUAUUGGAAAAGCUCAUACACCAUACAUGAAUGGUGUGACUACUUGAUGCUAUUGAGCUGUGUUUGAUUGCAGUCACAGAAAAGAUCCAAGUCAGCUGUGACUACUUGUACAGAUUUAGUUUUGCUGUACAUAAAAUGUUUCUGACAAAUUUGCUAUGCAAAAGCUGCAUUUUUCCAGAAGGCAUCAACUAUUAUAUCAUGCAACAUCACCCAAGUGUUUUUCCUACUUGUCUGAAGCAUCAAGGAUUGUGAAUAAGGUUUCUCGUGAUAUCCGACCAGAAUUUAGUUCUGUUCCUGAAAGCCAUUCUUGUUUUGGUCCUAACGGAAGCACUUACAAUUGCCACCCUGUUAUGGAACUAACCUUGGCUACCAAUUCACCUGUCCUUGACAACAUAUUGCGAAGUGUCUCCCUGUAGAGAAGUGGUGUUACUUAAGGUCAUAGAGGAAGUCCCUUUCAUAUGAGAGAUCCGGACAUGCUUCACAUAGUAAUCUAGAAGGCCUUAGCCAUGACUGGAGAGGACCAGCACCAAAUAUGAAUGGAAAAGCUAUUCACAAUGGAAAAGGAGCUAGCAUCUGUGUAUUUAUAUCAAAGAGAGCUUGUUGGUGCCAAUUAUAAUUAUCAGCUUCAACGGUAGUACAUCAGUGCAGACUUUACAUGCGAGAAUCAAGCCAAGUACCUAGUUCUCUUAAAUUGAUCUUCAAGGAAUUCGAUGACAGAUGUUUGUGGAAUAUACAUUUUAUUGAAGAUCUUUUUAAAUGACUAUUUUAGGGGGAUUAGUGAUUGUUAUUGAAUGUGCUUGAACGCCCCUUUUUUAUAUAUAUAGUGAACGGUUAGUGUAGCUUAAGUGUACAAAUUAGAGAGCAUUUUAUUUGUUAAAUCAGGAAACUACAUUUUUAGUGCAAAAUUGUAUGUAAACUAAAUUGUGUUCAUCAAAGAGGAAAAUACUUAGAGGUGGAGUUAUUUAGUUAGAA